AGCGACAGCCUCUGCUGAAACCGAAGCACCGAAACGCUAGUGUGGUGAUGAGCCCUGGAACCCUGGGAGACCACCCCGCCUCCCCGAGCUUCCGUUUCCGUCCUUUCAAGCUCCGCCUCAACGGAAACGACUCAGUCGAAGCGGAGGCGGGAUUACGUGCCUGUGCGCUUGCGCACCGUCGCGGGUGCAAUGGCGCUACCGUGUUCCUUGAACAGGUAUCUGUUGCUCCUGGCACAGGAGCACCUGGAGUUCCGCCUGCCGGAAAUAAAGUCUUUGCUUUCACUUUUUGGAGGUCAGUUCACCAAUAGUCAGGAAACUUAUGGAAAGUCUCCUUUUUGGAUUCUUAGUAUUCCCUCUGAAGAUAUUGCCAGAAACUUAAUGAAACGGACAGUGUGUGCCAAGUCCAUAUUUGAACUAUGGGGUCAUGGAAAAUCUCCAGAAGAGCUGUAUAGUUCUCUUAAAAACUACCCUGUGGAGAAGAUGGUUCCAUUUCUACAUUCAGAUUCUACAUAUAAAAUAAAGAUUCACACAUUUAAUAAAACAUUGACACAAGAAGAAAAAGUGAAACGAAUCGAUGCUCUUGAGUUCCUGCCAUUUGAAGGAAAAGUGAAUUUAAAGAAUCCACAGCAUAUCUUCUCCGUUUUGGAGGAUUACGGUUUGGACCCAAACUGCAUUCCUGAGAAUCCACAUAAUAUUUAUUUUGGUAGAUGGAUUGCAGAUGGACAAAGAGAACUUAUUGAGUCAUACAGUGUCAAGAAGAGACACUUUAUUGGAAAUACAAGCAUGGAUGCUGGUUUAUCAUUCAUCAUGGCCAACCAUGGGAAAGUGAAAGAAAAUGAUAUUGUCUUUGAUCCAUUUGUUGGAACAGGUGGCCUUCUGGUGGCGUCUGCUCAUUUUGGUGCAUAUGUGUGUGGGACAGACAUAGACUACAACACAGUCCAUGGCUUGGGAAAGGCCAGUAGGAAAAACCAGAAAUGGAGAGGACCGGAUGAAAACAUUAGGGCCAAUCUUCGUCAGUAUGGCUUAGAGAAGUACUACCUUGAUGUCCUGGUUUCAGACGCAUCUAAGCCUUCCUGGAGGAAGGGCGCGUAUUUUGAUGCAAUCAUCACUGAUCCUCCAUAUGGGAUCAGAGAAUCUACAAGAAGAACAGGUUCACAGAAGGAAAUACCAAAAGGGAUAGAAAAAUGUCCAGAAAGCCAUGUUCCUGUUUCCUUGAGUUACCGUCUGAGUGAUAUGUUUCUUGACCUGUUAAACUUUGCAGCUGAGACCCUCGUUUUAGGUGGAAGACUAGUCUAUUGGUUACCAGUGUACACACCAGAAUACACUGAGGAGGUGGUGCCCUGGCAUCCCUGCCUGAAGCUGCUUAGCAACUGUGAACAGAAGCUUUCCAGUCACACAUCAAGGCGCUUGAUAACAAUGGAAAAGGUGAAGAAAUUCGAGAACCGGGACCAGUAUUCACAUCUGCUAAGUGGUCAGUGUCUGUCAUACCAAGGUCAUAACUCCUUUCGUGAGAGAUAUUUCAGUGGGCUAACAAAAAGAAUUGCCAAGGAAGAAAAAUCUAUCCAGGAGUGAAAAUUAACAUUUUGACAGUGGAAAAAGAAUAAGGAUUUGAUAGAAAAGUCAUCUGGAUAUGAACUUUCAUGUAUGAUACAGAAAACACGUACUGUUUUAAAUAAUUUUAUGUAAUAAAAAUAAAUGCUACAAAGUAAAUUGAACAACUCUUUUAAAAUUAGUUUUGUUUUAUAGACUGUUUUGUUGAAUGUGGUCUUUUGAACCUUAUUUAAUUUAUAUUUGUAUUAUGGAAAUUGGAAGCAGUUAUAUUUUUGGUAAUUAAUUUACAAAGGGAACUAAUAUUGUUGACUUUUUGAACAGCUGUCUACCAAAUAUAGGCAGUUAAUAGUGGUUGAGGAUUUAUUCAUUAGGUAGAUUUGUUUAAUUUGGUUUUUGAUUGUAACUGAUUUACAAUGCCACUAAUAAAACUUGCUGAGGAUUCCUAAAACUGUGUAAUAUUCAGUGCUUUUCAGGGGGAAUGUGAUGAAGGAAAUGAGUUUUUAUUUGUAAAUGACAGACAAUUCAUAACAGUGGUAGUGGUGCCGAUGAGAAAGGCUUCCCAGCUCCGCGAGGCCCGUCCGCAUCUGAAGCUCGUCUGCACUUGGAUUCGCUCCUGCAUUCCUGAACCUCGACUGCCGGUCAAGUUAACUACCCACAAUUUUUGGUUUAGAAAGUAACUGAUAGUUAAAAGCAGUAACAACAGCACAAAUCCUUGAUGGUUUCCUAAUGGUAUUAAGCCUAAUCAGAGCUCUUUGAAAUAGAAGCUAUAUUUUUCUUGAAGGAGAAACUUUGCUGAGUCCACAUGGUGUCCAUCAUGAAAAUACCUCGUUUGAAAACCACUACACCCGUUACUGCAGGAUGCUAAUCGCUUCCCCGCUCUCGGUGGUCAGAGGUACCUCGGCAGGCGGCAGUAAAUGAAUCCUCUGCCUCUGACCAGAGCCUAUUUUUAUUUAUGUUAUUAUUAUUGUUACGGUGUGACUGCUGGCCUGCGCUGACUCACAGCGGGAGCGUGCCUGGCGUGGGACCUCUGGAGGAGCAGCGCCGCCCAGGCAGGGAGACGGCGCGCAGGCUGCCCACUCAGUUCUGUCUGCUUUUCUUGUCCUGCAGCUCGCGUUCAGCAGCAGCAGAUCUCAGACAUUUCAGCGAUUGUUUUGUUUGGGUUUCUGGAUGUGAUUUGUGGUACACUGGGGAAAAUCUAAAAGUGUUCAAGGGUGAUUUAUUUUCAGUAUUUCUGUUAUAAACCAUGUUAUUUAAAGUUUUUUGAGGUUAUAUGGGGGGCAAGUGUGAGCUGACUAAAUUGGG